AUUUUCUAAACAAACACAACUAAUACACUUUAAAAAAAUUGCGUCAAAUUGUGAAAACAAAACGAUUACAGCAGAUAGCACUUGAGGACUUAACUUACAAUUAAUGGAUAUGAAUAUAUAAAUUAAUUUUUUUGUCAGUGUGCCUAAUAAAGAAAUAAGUAUAUUUAAGAUGCCACAUACAAAAGUGAAUGAAAAAGUUUAUGACCAUCGAAUUCUGCAAGAUUGGUCGGAUGUAGAUGAAGACAACGGAAUAACACACUAUUCCAAAGACAUGAUCUUUAAUGAUGGCCAUAGAUUGUCUAUAACUGUAUACAGCAUAUUAUUUUUGAUCUCGACAAUUGGCAACUCAACUGUGCUGUAUUUGCUGACAAAGAGGCGACGUGGUUUGCGCGGUCCCUCCCGUAUUGACAUAAUGUUAAUGCAUUUGGCCAUUGCCGAUUUAUUAGUGACUUUGCUUUUGAUGCCGCUGGAAAUAGCGUGGGCCUACACCGUACAAUGGAAAUCGACGGACUUUGUGUGCCGCCUUAUGAGUGUUUUCAGAGUGUUUGGAUUGUAUUUAUCCAGUUUCGUGAUGGCUUGCAUAUCAAUUGAUAGAUAUUUUGCGAUACUAAAGCCACUCAAACUAUCAACCAACCGGGGACGGAUUAUGCUAUUGAUUGCUUGGAUUUGUUCAUUAUUCUGCAGUUUGCCGCAGGCAUAUAUAUUUCAUCUGGAAGAGCAUCCUCACGUGAAGGGUUACUUUCAAUGCGUCGACUUUCAUUCUUUUCCAAAUGAUUUCGACAAGUUGUCGUACAAUAUUUCCAAUAUGUUUGCCAUGUAUGCUUUUCCACUAACAACUUUCAUUUUUUGUUAUGGAGCAAUCUACUUGGAAAUAUACCAGAAGAGCAAACGUGUUGUUAAAGGAGUUGAACGUUUUAGACGAUCUAAUGAUGAUGUUCUCGGUCGUGCUAAAAAGCGGACCCUUAAAAUGACCAUUAUUAUUGUACUGGUGUUCAUCAUAUGCUGGACACCGUAUUAUAUUAUUUGCAUGUGGUAUUGGAUUGAUAAGUCUUCGGUGGAAAAUAUUAAUCCAUUAGUACCGAAAAGUUUAUUUAUUUUCGCUUCAACCAAUUCAUGCAUGAAUCCGAUUGUUUAUGGUGUUUUCAAUAUACGUAGUCGGAAUAACAACAACAAUAAUGCGUCGGUGAAUAAUCGGCACACAUCUUUAUGCAGUCGACUUGAUUCUUCCAAUCAAUUGCAGAAGAAUUUACCGAACUUGCAGAAUCUACCGAUUCUCACAACAACCAUUGAGACCAAUGGCGUUACUGGAGAGAACAAGAGCACCACCAUAUCGGCAGAAGUGUCAGCUUAUGAUAAAGAAAAGUCACCCGUCAUCUGUUACAACUGUGGUGACUCCAUUGAACUUGCUAAUCUUCAAAAGCCAUAAUUCCAUAAUAUUAAUCUGCGCGUACGUGUUUAAGCUAUAGAUUGAAGCGGUUAGUUUGUCGAAUGGUCAUUUGCGACUUCAGUCACAGUCAGUCGCUUAACUCUGUCUGACUCUGCCUGACUCUGCCUGUGUGCUGGGAUGCAUUACACAAAAAAAAACCAAAAAAAAAGAAAACAAAAAUAACAACAACAAACCAUUUUAUUAGUAACAAAAUAAAAUUAAAAAACGGCCACUGAUAUCGUAGGCCCAGCAAAAAUAUUUUCAUCAUAUCAGUUCGCUUUAGAUAUUGGCAUGGAUAUAAGUAAUUAAUUAUUGUCACAUUAUUAUAAUUAAUUUAAAAUAAUUUAUUCACAAUGAACAAAAUAA